CGGCGGUACAAGAUGGCUGCAGCGCGUGGAGCUUGGUGUGUACCAUGCCUUGCUUCCAUUGAAACGUUGCAGGAGUUAUGCAGAAAAGAAAUGCUCACUUGUACAAACAUUGGAAUUACCAGGAAAAAUCUAAAUAAUUAUGAAGUCGAAUAUCUAUGUGACUACAGGAUUGAAAAGGGUGUGGAAAAAUUCCUUGUGAAGUGGAAGGGAUGGCCAGAGUCUUGUAAUUCAUGGGAGCCUACAAAAAACUUGAAAUGUCCAACACUUCUAAAACAGUUUUACAGCGACCUUUAUAAGUAUUUAUAUGCACUUAAACCAAAUAAAAAAGGGGUCAUAAAAAAUAAUAUUAAGUCUUUGGACCCUUCUCUUUCUGACUAUAUAGUCAAAAAGGCUAAACAAAGGAUUGCUCUACGGCGCUGGGAAGAAGAGCUGAACAGGAAAAAAUCCCAUAGUGGUACACUUUUUGUUGAAAAUGCUGUUGAUUUAGAGGGUCCUCCUAUAGACUUUUACUAUAUCAAUGAUUAUAAGGCCUCUCCUGGAGUUAACACAUUGGGUGAAGCCAUUGUUGGCUGUGACUGCUCGGACUGCUUUAACGGCAAAUGUUGUCCCACAGAAGCAGGAGUCCUUUUUGCAUAUAAUGAACACAAACAGUUAAAAAUCCCACCAGGAAGACCAAUUUUUGAAUGCAAUUCAAGAUGCAAAUGUGGUCCGGAUUGUCCUAACAGGGUGGUGCAAAAGGGGCCACCCUAUUCUUUAUGCAUCUUUAGGACAGACAAUGGCCGAGGUUGGGGUGUGAAGACACUCCAAAAAAUAAAGAAAAAUAGUUUUGUGAUGGAAUAUGUUGGUGAGGUAAUAACAAGUGAGGAGGCAGAGAGACGGGGCCAACAGUAUGACAGCAAAGGAAUCACAUAUCUAUUUGAUUUAGACUAUGAAGCAGAUGAGUUUACAGUGGAUGCAGCUCGAUAUGGGAACGUCUCACAUUUUGUGAAUCACAGUUGUGAUCCAAAUCUUCAGGUUUUUAAUGUCUUCAUUGAUAAUCUUGAUGUACGUCUUCCGCGUAUAGCGUUAUUUUCAACAAGGAAUAUCAAGGCCGGAGAAGAACUUACAUUUGAUUACCAAAUGAAAGGUUAUGGUGACCUCAGUACAGAUUCUAUUGAUAUGAGCCCUGCCAAGAAAAGAGGGAGGAUAGCCUGCAAAUGUGGAGCUGCCACCUGUCGUGGAUACCUUAACUAAAUAUCUUUCUGCUUCACCCCCAUUAAAUGUUUGCUAUGCUGUUUUUAUUUUAUUUGAAUUGCAAUGAUUGCUUAGUUUAUGGGUUUUUACUUUCCAAAAUAAAUUUUAAUGGCAAUUUUUAAACCCCUUUACUCUCAGAUGUUAGUUGUAAAUAAAAUAUGAAUGUAUCAAUUGCAAAAAUCAGUUUAGGGAUUGUUCUAAAUCCUUAAUGUGUAAAAAGUUUUGAGUUUGACACCAGGAGAUCACAAGAAUAUAAGGGUUUGGAUGCAGCAAAAUAUCUUUCCCUGUGAUGCUUGGUGCAGUAUCUGAACCCAGUUUUGCUUAUUGUGCUACAAAAAAAGUGUGGACAAAAGAUACAUUUCAACAACUGUCUGACCAAGGGCAAUAGCAAAUGGUAAAUUUUUGGACAUAUUGACUUGCUAUCAAAAUACCUUUUUAUAUUUAUUUUUACUCCCUUCAUUUUACCUCGUAAUGCCUUUAUGUUAUGAAAAUGUUGCAAUUAAUUGAAAAUGGACUGGUGCUUUCAUGAAUGUUACAUUUGUAGCAAGAAUACAGCAGCAGGCACAACUCCCAACAUUGCUUGUUCUGCCUUUACCCUUAUUUGCUCAUUGUCUAACGAGUUGUAGUAGUAGAUGAUGAGAAAUAGGUUAUUUUUUAUGGCCAUAUAAUUGAUUUUGCUGGACAAAACCAUGAGUCUACUUGAAGGAAGCUACUCAUGUUCUUGUCUGACAUAAGCCUUUUUUGUGGUUUGGCAUAUCCCAAGUGAACUGCAUAUCUGUUUGGUUGUAGAAAAUACACAUGAAAGCGGUUUAAACAUUAAUUUAAAAGAAUCGGCCCUUGUGAAUUGCUGCUAGAGCAAGGUUGUGCUAUAUUUGGUAGGAUAAUACUAUAGUUUGUAAGUAAGUGGCAGCUGUAACAUUAUGAUUAGCAUUUAUUUGAUCAACAUAUUUUAGUUUUCUUCUCUCCCCUCAAGCACUCCUUUCUGUGUACCCAUCGAAAUGACUCUUACAUUCCCCUAUAUCGGGGCUGUGCAGUUGGAGGCCUUGGGGGUUGGAUGAACAUGUCCAUGGCUUUUGUUCUGCUUCAGUGCUCUGUUGACCUCUUUGGAUGGCAUCAGUUUAUCAUCUGGUCCCCUGAAGUGCAGUAUAGUAAAUCAUUUCUAAAAUGCCUAGAAAAAACAAUUACCAAUCUCAUGUCAAUUACUUUAAAGUAAAUAAACAAAAUAUUGCACGAUAAAACAUUGAUAUUUCUUCUGUAUUGUCGAUUUCUAAUCCUUCCCUGGUGAUUAAAUUUUAAUACAUUUCUUGAAAUGUG